AUGGUGCAGUUGACUUCAGGGCGGGGAGGAGGAGGAGGAGCACCCGCCGCGGAUUAGAAUGAAAACAGAUCAGUCAAUGGAUUUGGGUUCCGGAGAUCAUCUGACUUGAAUUAACCAAACCCCAACUGGGUUUCAAAAGUUGGGAGAGAGAGAGAGAGAGAGAGAGAGUUUCUUUUCUCCUCCCCUUUGGUUCGCCCCCCUUUUCUUUUUUGAACUUUCCUCAAUUGGCGGUGGGCGAAAGCAGAGCUCUCUCUCUUUCUCUCUCCCGCCCUCUCUCUCUCUCUCUCCUUCUCUCCGUCUGCCUUAAUUUCCCCCCGAGCUGCGUGUAUUGAUGUCCUACGCAGGGAUGAUGGAUGGCAGAAAGGCAGAAAGACGCCAGCAGCAGGGGCGCUCGACACUUUUUUAAACUCUCCCAGCCCCUUUCCUUUCCCCCGGCGAUCAUCAAUGAGCCUCGGAGCGGGAGAAAGAAGGGGAAAGAAUCCGCGCGGGUGUCGGGAAGGGCUGGCGGCGGCAGCGAAGACUUCGCCUUUCUUUAAAAGGGGGGCAGAGGGACGGAACACGAAAAGGAAGCCCGGUCAGCGAACCCCACUCGCUCUUCCGCGCCCCUGAAGUGGACGAUGGGGAGCUGGGCUCGCCGCCCUGCUCUGGAGCCGGAGCAGCCGCUGGACGCAUGAAAACUUCUCUUAGGGACCGGGAAGCUGGAAUAUGCAUGACUAAGAUGGAAACAUCCACAUCAAUGGCUUCUGCAAAAAAAGAAGAGAAAAGUGUCCUUCUGGAAGACGGGGGCUUUAAUGAACCCACAAAGAAACCAGUUCCUUUAGCAGCCGCAGCACCAACAGCCGUGGUGACUCAAGGAGUUCCACAGCACAUUUUUCCAGCCUUCCAUUCUCCUUUGCCAAUUGACAUGCGUCACCAAGAAGGAAGAUACCAUUAUGAACCUCACUCCCUUCACGCGAUUCAUGGACCUUCCACUCUAAGCGGCAGCCCUGUUAUCUCUGAUAUCUCCCUCAUCCGUCUGUCACCACAUCCUUCAGGACCUGUGGACUCACCUUUCAACCACCCUCACCCAUACAUGAACCCCCAUGUGGAACAUUACUUUCGAUCCAUGCACAGCAGUCCUACUUUGUCUAUGAUCUCAGCUGCUAGAGGUCUCAGCCCAGCUGAUGCUCAUGAGCAUCUGAAAGAGAGGAGUCUCUUUGGCCUUCCCCAUCCUCCGCCAGGAGCCAGCCCUGCAGACUACUAUCACCAGAUGGCAUUCAUGGCCAGCCACCCGAAUCCUUAUGGGGACCUCCUCAUGCAAAGUGGAGCAGCAGCAGGGGCCACGCAUCUUCAUGAUUACCUCAGCCCUGUAGAUGUGUCAAGAUUCUCCAGCCCAAGAGUAACCCCCAGACUCAGCAGGAAGCGAGCACUUUCUAUAUCCCCCUUGUCUGAUGCCAGCAUUGAUCUCCAGACCAUGAUCCGGACUUCACCCAAUUCCCUGGUCGCUUAUAUCAAUAAUUCCAGAAGUAGUUCUGCCGCUAGUGGCUCUUAUGGCCAUCUAUCAGCAGGGGCAAUAAGUCCUGCCUUUACCUUCCCUCAUCCGAUCAACCCAGUGACAUACCAACAAAUUCUGAACCAGCAAAGAGGCCUGAGCUCAGCAUUUGGACAUACCCCUCCUUUUCUACAGCCAUCUCCAACUUUCCCUGCCCGGCAGCAUGUGGCUGUCAUCUCGGUCAACUCCUCUCCUGCUCAGAUCAGCAACAGCAGCAACUGCAUCACUGAGUCCAACCAGAACAAGCAAAGCAGUGAAUCGGCCGUUAGCAGCACAGUCAAUCCAGUAAUUAAUAAACGUAGUAAAGUCAAGACUGAAACAGAGAUUCUACCACCAGCUUCUCCACCGACUCAGGAACUUCUGACAGACUUGAAAGAAGAACUUGAUAAGGACGAAUGCAAGCAGGAGCCUGAUGUUAUUUAUGAGACCAACUGUCACUGGGAAGGUUGUACAAAGGAGUACGAUACACAGGAGCAGCUGGUCCACCACAUCAACAAUGAUCAUAUUCAUGGGGAGAAGAAGGAGUUUGUUUGUCGCUGGCAGGAAUGUACCCGGGAACAGAAGCCUUUCAAAGCACAGUACAUGCUAGUAGUGCACAUGCGAAGGCAUACUGGAGAAAAACCCCACAAGUGCACGUUUGAAGGUUGCUCCAAAGCCUAUUCACGGCUAGAGAACUUAAAGACACACCUGAGGUCACAUACAGGAGAAAAACCUUAUGUCUGUGAACACGAGGGCUGCAAUAAGGCCUUUUCCAAUGCUUCUGAUCGCGCAAAACACCAGAACAGAACACAUUCCAAUGAGAAACCCUAUGUCUGCAAGAUCCCAGGCUGCACCAAGAGAUAUACAGACCCCAGUUCUCUCAGGAAACACGUGAAGACAGUGCAUGGACCCGAAGCCCACGUCACCAAGAAGCAACGCAAUGACAUUCAUCUAAGGCCACCUGUCCUUAAGGAGAAUAAUGACAAUGAAGCAAGUGCCAAGCAGAGCAACAGGUCUGCUGAACAGCGGGCUGAGGCAAACAGCACCACCACAGGCACAGAGGACAGUUUACAAGUCAAAACAAUAAAGACAGAGAAGUCUGUGAUGUAUCAGUCCAGUCCUGGUGGCCAAUCAUCCUGCAGCAGUGAACCAUCACCCCUUGGGAGCAUCAACAACAAUGACAGUGGAGUGGAAAUGAACAUGCACAGUGGGGGAAGUCUGGGGGACCUGACUGUGUUGGAGGAUAAUACUCCUGUUGUGGACUCGACAGUCUCAUCUGGUAACUCAACUGUCGGUCUUCAACUAAGGAAAAACAUGACAGCAAUGCAACGCCUUGAGCAGCUCAAGAAAGAGAAACUCAGGACAGUGAAGGAUUCUUGCUCAUGGGCAAAUCCAGCACCACAAGUCAAAAACAGCAAGCUGCCUCCCAUCCCAGGCAAUGGUUGUCUGCUGGACAAUAUGCGUGGCACCUCAACAAUGCUGCCUAACCCAAGGAUAACAGAGCUGUCCAUCAAUGAAGUUACCAUGCUAAACCAACUAGCUGAACGCCGUGACAGCUCAACCAGUACCAUCAGUUCUGCCUACACAGUCAGCCGCAGAUCAUCAGGAAUAUCCCCUUACUUCUCCAGCCGCCGUUCCAGUGAAGCUUCUCAAUUUGGAAAUCGCCAUAACAACACAAGCUCUGCUGGCUCCUAUGAUCCUAUUUCCACAGAUGCCUCUCGCAGGUCAAGUGAUGCCAGUCAAUGUAAUGGGGUCUCUGGUCUCCUGAAUCUCACACCAGCUCAGCAGUACAGGCUGAAAGCUAAGUAUGCUGCUGCCACAGGUGGCCCACCACCUACACCAUUACCUAACAUGGAAAGAAUGACGCUGAGGAAUAAAAUCUCUCUCCUUGAUGGUUCAGAGCCUGCUUUGCCUUCAUUUCGUCUCCCUCCAGGGCCAAGGCGUUGUAGUGACAGCAAUGCUUAUGUGUAUGGGUCAUCGCCUGCAUUCUCUCAUGAAGUGCCUGGGAAUAGUGCAAGACGGGCAAGCGAUCCAGUGAGGAGACCUGCUGGAGACCCAAGCUCUUUUCCUAGAAUCCAUACUUACAAUAGCACCAACAGCAUGAAUCUUCUUCACCCUCAUGCAGACAGAAGACAAUUCAACCUUCCAAUCUUUCCACAUUCAGACAGGAGCCUUGCUAGGCAUGUGUAUUCUCCACGACCCCCAAGUAUUAGCGAAAAUAUUGCCAUGGAAGCCAUGCCCGGUGAGACAGAUAGUUCUGUGGGAGAUGAUGAUAUUGUCCUACCUGAUGAUGUGGUACAAUACAUCAAAUCCCAAAACAAUGGGAUUGCCACAGAGAACUCUUCUACAGGGUAUGCCAGUGAAAUGCAAAACUUCCAAGUAAAUGCAAAAGUGCAAAAUAACAACACAUUAAACCAGCGCAGAAUGGCUGUUCCAGAUCUGAGUAUGAACCAUUCGACCUCUGUUGGUGGUGGAUGCCAAAUAAACUAUGGGGCUAACUCUAAUUUGCAUAAAAAUAACAUGCCAGUCCAGUGGAACGAAGUUAGCUCAGGAACUGUUGAUGUACCCUCCUCUCAAUCAAAACAGCAGUUCCCUCAACGGAAUCUAGCUGUAUUCCAUCAGAAGCAAAAUUUUGGUCAGUAUCAGAACUUCAACCAACAGCAGUUGCAGGUAGGCCAAAACAACACAAAUGGAAAUCUGCAGCAAUUUGUGCAAAAGAAUGCAACCAUGGAUGGACAAAGGCUCAACUGCAUGCACUUAAAGCAGCAACAGGUGAAUCCAGGUUCUGGUAACAAUCUAGACCUGAACUCCCAUGAGGUGUUCAACCAAGUUCAUCAAAUGCUAAGUCCAAAUACGAUGGGCAGUGAUGUCACCCAACUUUCUCCUUCCUGUAAUAACAUGACCAUGAAGCCUGCAUUCCACGUUCGUUCUCAGCAAUUAGAUAAUGUGGCUGAUCCCAUUUCAAUAGUUAACAAUGGUAGAGAAUAUGUCAUGCAUAGUCAAGACAUGCAGGAACCAGGGUAUCAGCAGAGCUUUUCAUCUCAGUCAAACCACAUGAACUUCUCCAUGACCCAAGAGGAUUUCCACCAAGCUUCUGCAUUAAUAACCUCAAAUCAGCCAAACAUUGAGCCACAACAGAAUACAAUUGGCACCGUUGGACAGAGUUUCACUUCCUCAAUGAUACAACCUCAUCCUCCACCUAAUUCUAAUCCAGGAAACAAGCACCAAGGAGUCCGUGCUGGGCAGCAGUUGGGAUACGUGAGAAUAUCUCACCCAACGGAUGAUGUGAGCUCAGGGCAGCAAAGGGCACACUCUUCCCCCAAGAGAACAACUGGUAUAGGAUCGUUGCAACCACAGUUUAACAGUAGUAUGAGGGAAAGCCAUUUGAUGCAUUAUUACGGUCAAAUACAUAUGUAUGAACAAAAUGGGAAUGUCAACAAUCAAACCGAUUACAGUGUCAGACAACAAUGUGUGCUGAACACCAAACCAGCCACCAUGCCUUCCCCUGGUGCUAAUCAAGUUUCUAGCACAGUGGAUUCCCAGGGUCUGGAGUCUCCUCAGAUAGAUUUUGAUGCUAUCAUGGAUGAUGGCGACCAUUCAAGUCUGAUGUCAGGAACCUUGAGCCCUAGUAUCCUGCAGAAUCUCUCUCAGAAUUCUUCUCGCCUUACAACUCCCCGAAAUUCUCUGACACUGCCAGCUAUACCAACUGGAAUUAGUAAUAUGGCAAUAGGGGACAUGAAUUCUAUGCUGACCACCCUGGCAGAAGAGAGCAAAUUUCUUAACAUGAUGUCCUAAUGCAUGGGUAUCAAACUCGCCGCUUCACGUGACGUGUCGCGAUGUAUCACAACUUUUUUUGUACUGCUGGAGCAGGGGUGGGUGCGGCGUCCAUAUGAUGCCACUGGCCCACGGGCCGGCAGUUUGACACCCCUGACCUAAUGCAUAAAGCACAGAUGUACCUCUAGGCAUAUCCAGAGAUCAUGUGCUGGGCAAUGUUAUGAAUGUGCUUUUCUUUAAAAAAAAAAAGAGAGAGAGAGAGAGAGAGAGAGGAAAGGGGGAAAAAGUUGCCAUAGAGUAGACUUUUACAAGUAUUAAAACAUAUUAAGGGAAUUCCAAGUAAGAAAAAAAAUAUCUUUGUACAAACAUGCAUAAACUAUGUAAAAAAGCACUGAAAGGAUGCACUUCUAGUAUUAUUUGGGGGCGUGCUGAAAGAUGCCACCGUCCUUCUUAAAGUGCUUCUAAAGUGUGUCACCGUUUAUAAAAGUUAGACACAUUUGAGAAUCCUUUCAAAAACCUGACUGUCGUUGCCACCAUCCCUUCCCUUGUUAGCUUGCAAGGGGUUAACAUUUCUCAAACCAUCAACCUCAAAAUUAGAUGGCACUUUGCCAGUUGUGGGACACUUAAAAGCCAUGUGUUAAAACAGAGGUCUUCAAACUUGGCCCUUUUAUGACUUGUGGACUUUAACUCCUGGCUGAGGAAUUCUGGGAGUUGAAGUCCACAAGUCAUAAAAGGGCCAAGUUUGAAGACUCCUGUGUUAAAAUAAUGAGAAUCAAUGUUUCAAAGGAAGCUUUACUUUUUGCAAUCUCCUUUUACCUAUAGCUGCAAAUAUGCCUUGUCCUCCCUAGCGAGAGUUAUAAAUUUAACCAUAUGCAAAGCCAUACUAUAAAUGCUUCAUGCUUUGCUUAUGACCAGAUGGGCAUGCAUGCGCACACACACACACACACACACACAGUACCUUCAUUAUUACAGCCAGUAUCGCUCUUUGUAUCUUGUAGCUUAGCUGAGAAUCAGCUUUGCAGCAAAGUGCCUUACUGUGCAUUAACAGUUGAGUCAUCAAGGCAUCUGUUGUCCAAUAAUGUCAAAUAAAGUGUAUUGCCAGAAGCAUAUAUAAAAUAAAGGUGCAUUUAUAUCAGGCAAUACAGCAUUGCUAAAAAGAGAUUUGAGAGAGACACACUGAUGGGGAAAUGUGAAAAACUGAAUGGCCUAAUGGGUUUCAGUUUGUUUGUUUUUUCUAAUCAGAGGCUAUCAUAGAGAAUGUAGUAGAGAUUUGAAAAUCAAACUAAUUUAAAAAUAUUAUUGGAAAAAAAAACUCUACCAUGCAUGAUGUGACACACAGAUCACUCUGUGUGACUUCUCUUUGGAAUUGCUCAUACAAAAAGAACAGUGUGGGAGUUUGUUAAAUAUGACAUAAAAAUGAUGCUGCAGGAAUGUGUACAUUUUUAUGUCAUAAAAUUUGUUCAUUCCUCCCAGUUAUGUUUAAUUACAGAUUGCAUGAGUUAGCUCUGACUAAUAUGUCACUUUGGAGGUGGCCAACUGGCUUUGGUAAAAAUGAUCUUCUGUUUGCUUGGCCAGUCGUGAUGUCUCAGUCUCACCUUGCAGCAUUAUUGUGAGAUUAUAAAACUGCUCAGAGUUCCUUGGAAAAGAGGGAUAGCACAGAAAGAAAAUAAUUUAAACAUGAAGUUAAUAAAUAGUGCCACGUGCCUCUCCAAACCCACGGUUUGAACUCUACAGUGCCAUGAUCUCUUGAAGGCUUAGUGUAGCUGCUUUGAAGACCUUCCCAUAUUGCCUAAGCAUGGAGAAAACAAGGAGAUUCAACAGCAGUCCUUCAGAAGGGUCUUCUGUGUCUUUGCCAUUGUGCUCAGAUGAAAUGGGAAGGCCCUUGAAAAGCCAAACCUUCAAGAUAGCAUGAGUAGUAGAAUGGUUUGUCCAACCCUAAUCUGUUCAGUGCUACAUGCUCAUCAACUUGGGCUCAUAAAAAUGAACAGUGCCAUUAUGGCAAAUUUGUAGUCAAUUAUGCAUAUUAUGGCAUCUACAUUGCCAUCCAUUUGCCGCGUGUUUAGCUAAUAUAUACUGUUUAUAUACCUAAUCCCUCCAAUAAGAAGAGACAGUACAUCCAUGCCACUGUCUCUCUCUCUCUCUUAGUAAGCAGCUCCUGCCAAAACUGCAUGUCAUCCAGAAGUACUUGCACUGCAUAAUUGCAUUAAUUAAUUCAUGCAAACCAUUGGGGCUGUUUAUGCAUUUAUCUAAUAGAAUUUUGGAAAGCAUUAUUUGAAAGAGGAAAUUAUGAGAUCAGACAAUCAUUAAGGGCAGAAAAAGUAGAACAUGAAAUCAGGCAGCUGCCAAUUGCCAACACAGGGUAGGGUGAACAUCAAAUGUAAAAACCUUGAUGUACCAAGGUUUGCAUUUUUAUAAAGUGGCUCACUAGAUUUGGGUUAGGGUAUUCAAGCCCAAAUCACGGGCACUAUUUAUCAACAUACAUCAGUAUCUGUCUAGCCAACAUUUCUGGGUAACUGCUGAUAAAACAAAUUUCAUUCUCCUAUACAGCUUUUGCUUUUUCAAUCUGCUUCAGAUGGUUGAAGUUUAGCUAAAACAGGUUUGAGAGCACACCAAAAAGACCCCCCCCCCAAAAAAAGGAAGUCCAAUUGCCUUCUUUUGUGACGUUAGAGUUAGCUCUAUGGGUUUUAUGGUUCAGCAGAAUUACAAAAGCAUAGCUGUAAAAGGAUGGUGUACUACAAAUUCCCCAUUUCAUAUAUAUUUAUACAUUUGAUUAGAGUGAUUUGUUUCAUUAUUUAUUUUUGAACUUUAAAAAAAGGAGAUGUAAACCCAGAGGAAAUAGAGGCUCCUAAGAGUGUCUUUGCUCAUUUUUUCCUAUCAUUAUUCUGUAUCAGAAUCUGAUCCCUUUGCAGUGCCAUUUAUCCACCUUGUAGCCUCUACCUUGUAAAUACACAGGCAAACAAUGCCAAGAGUCUGACUAGAAUGACUUGAAUGUGGACCAUUCUGAUUGUGUCCAAGCAUCUGGCCAUAAAGUUAAGGCAGUGACACUUCUCCCUGCCUCUUUCCAUACAUAAAGGUAUGGGAGUUUUGAAUAACCAUGAUUACAUCAGGAAAUGCCAAUAUAGGAACUGGUUAUCACCUUAGAAUGAGAAUAUAGGUCCCAUUUAAUCAUAUAAGAAGGAUGACUUGCCAUACUGAUUAUAAGCAGGAGAUGGAUGGCCGUCUCACAGCUUUCCCUGUGUCUAAUGUUUAAUGCCAUAGAAAAGGGAACUCUUUGCUCAUAUCAGAGUUUGUGGUGGCAAACUUUUCUGGAUAGUACAUUUCCAUACCCAUUUCUUAUUAGUUAUUCUUUCCUUUGCCUGUAUAUUUUUCAGUGUCAUCAAGAAAAAUCACUUUGAUUAUGUCUUUCACCAUGUUAAAGGUUAACCUGCAGAAUAUGUUUACUUAGGUGUCCCAAGAAAACCAAUUUAGUAUUCCAAAAAUGUAUUAUUCCUGUUUUAUUUUUCCAUUCAUGAUGGACAAUGGAAGACUUCAAAGAAAGUGAAUGGCAGAGAUGGCUACAGUAGUUCUUCUCAAUACAUCUGAAUAUUGCACAUCUUAAGGCAGGACAGGAAAGUGAAAUUUAAAAAAAAACCAAAUUCAAUUAUUUCAGGAGGAUGACAGUGUUGCUAUUGGCCUACUAAUGUGGCCCUUUCAGAUCUGUUCAUAAGACCAUGCUCAAGUGAUAAUUGUGUAGCAUUACACACAUGAUUUGGUUGUGUGACCCACCAUCCCCAUCGCUUAGAAUUGUCUGGAUAUAGAAUAAAAAUAGCACAAAGUUUCAAGGAGCUAAGAAGAUAUUGGACAUUCCACAAACCAUCAGGAUGCCUAGUUGCAGGAAUGUAUACUGAUAUGAAUCCUGAUCAGCAUUAGUAAAUGCAGACACAAAUGAUUUGCCCAUUAUUUUCUUCAAUUUAUCAAUGGUGGUCUCCCUUUAUUUACUGUAAUAGUAUUAUAACAAGAAAACUGGCUCUGUAUAUAUUCUGUAUAGAAGGCACUCAUUAUUAAUAAGAGUACUGUAGCUGAAUUGUUCUGCCUUUAUAUCUCCAGGAGCUUUUUAUCUGUUUUUUACAUCGUACGGAUGGCAGUCAUAUGCUAAAACUGUAUAUAAAUGUUUUGUACAUUAAAAAAGUAAUUUUUUCAUAA